GCAUAAGACAAAAAAUACAUGUGUUUACUUUGACUAGUACCAAACAGUUGAGAAGUCUUGGCAAAAUUUAAAAUAUUAAAAUGGUAUUAGGACGAUAUAUUGUUACAUUAAAUAAAAAGUUUCUGUCAGUGAAGGAGUUCAAACGAUGUAUUACUACUAUAAAGAAGAUAGAUAAAUUGUUAAUAGCCAAUCGUGGAGAAAUAGCAUGUCGUGUUAUAAAAACCGCUAAAAAUUUAGGAAUUCAAACUGUUGCUGUGUACAGUGAUGCAGAUCGUAAAGCUAUGCAUGUUUUAAUGGCAGACGAAGCAUAUAACAUAGGACCGGCAAGCUCUUUAGAGAGCUAUUUACGUUCGGAUAAAAUAAUAGAAGUGGCAAAACGAUCAAACAGUAAAGCAAUUCAUCCAGGAUAUGGAUUUUUAUCUGAAAAUACUGAAUUUGCAGAUCAAUGUCAAUCUGAAAAUAUAAUUUUUGUUGGCCCACCAGCAUCGGCUAUUCGAGAUAUGGGAAUUAAAAGUACAUCAAAAGCAAUAAUGACUGAAGCUGGAGUUCCCGUCGUAAAAGGAUAUCACGGUGAUGAUCAAAGUACUGAUCGUUUAAUAGCAGAAGCCAGAAAAAUAGGAUUUCCAAUAAUGAUUAAAGCUGUUCGCGGAGGUGGAGGAAAAGGAAUGCGAAUUGUGAACUCUGAAUCUGAAUUUAUGGAAUCAUUAGAGUCAGCGAAAACAGAAUCAUAUAAAUUUUUUAAUGAUAAAAAUGUAUUACUUGAACAAUAUAUUGAUAGACCACGCCAUGUAGAAGUUCAAGUUUUUGCUGAUCAAUAUGGAAAUGGUGUUUAUUUAUUUGAACGAGAUUGUUCUGUACAAAGAAGGCAUCAAAAAAUUAUAGAAGAAGCUCCUGCGCCGGGAAUUUCGGAAGAAUUACGCCGGGAGCUAGGAGAAGCUGCUGUUCGAGCAGCCAAAUCAGUUAAUUAUGUUGGUGCAGGCACUGUUGAAUUUAUUUUAAAUCGUCUAAAUCAUAGUUUUCAUUUUAUGGAGAUGAAUACUCGUUUACAAGUUGAACAUCCAAUUACUGAAAUGAUUACUGGCACAGAUCUUGUCGAAUGGCAAUUAAGAAUAGCUGCGGGUGAAAAAUUACCUGUAACUCAAGAUCAAAUUAUUUUAAAUGGACAUGCCUUUGAAGGUCGUAUAUACGCAGAAAAUCCUUCUGAUAACUUUAUGCCCAGGCCUGGUCCUUUAACGUACUUAAGUACUCCUCGGCCUUCAAAAAACGUUCGAAUAGAAACUGGUGUAAGACAAGGUGAUGAAGUUUCGAUAUAUUAUGAUCCUAUGAUUGCCAAACUAGUUGUAUGGGGUGCAAAUAGAUCUGAAGCAUUAGCGAAGUUCACAGAAAUGUUAACAGAAUAUAAUAUUGCAGGAGUAGAUACAAAUAUAAACUUUUUAUUAGACUUAUGUCGUCAUUCAGAGUUUAUUGAUGGAAAAGUUCAUACAGGUUUUAUUGAUGAUCAUAAAGAUAGCUUAUUUCCAAAACGUAAACCAAACAAUAUCCUAAUAUCGAAAUUAGCUCUGGCAGUAUUAUUACAUGAAAAAUAUACCGAACAAAAGCGAGCUGUUAACGAAAAUCAAUCAAAUAAUCCAUUCGUUAUUGAAACUGGUUUUCGGGUAAAUCAUUCACUAGUUCGAAGUUUGAAAUAUUUCUUUAAUGGUGAUCUAAUUGAAAUUAAAAUUCGUUAUAUAACCCCCGAAAGUUAUCAAAUAAGUAUCGAUAAUGGUAAUACAUGGAUGUCAGUUAGUGGAAUAUUGGAAAAUAAAUUUGGAAUUUAUGAAUUAAAGUAUCAAUGUGACGGUUUUAUUAGUAGUUGUAAAUAUACAGUUAUCGAUGAUUCGAUUUGUAUUUUUGAUAAGGAUGGAAAAUGGGAAUUUAUCAAAGAAAAACCUAAUUAUUUAGAUAAACUUAUAACAGGUUCAGAUACUUCAAAUACAAAUAUUGCAGUAUCUCCAAUGCCAGGUUUAAUCGAAAAAAUCAAUGUUAAACCUGGUGAUGAAGUUAAGGUCGGAGACUCUUUAUUUGUAUUGAUUGCUAUGAAAAUGGAAUAUGCUGUAAAAGCAAACCGUAACGGUAUCAUUGCUAAUGUUAAUCACAAAGUUGGGGAUAAUGUUGAAAAGAAUGCAGUAAUUGUAGAAUUUGAAACGGAUGAAGAAGAUUUAAAAGAAAAAAUCAAGGCUUAA